AUGGAGCCCGCAGAGAGACGCCAGGGGACCUUUCACCAGCAGGAGGCAGUGAGGGCCCAGCGGGAGGGUGAGGCAAAGGAAACCUCUGCGCAGAGCCUUUAUGAAUUUCACAGUUACAGAAAAGAGGUCUUAGGCUUUAAGGUCACCCACCUCGGAGGACGGAUGACAGCGCUCGUGGCAGCGAAGCUGAGCAGGACCCUGUGGGGCUCCCGGGCACGGAAGCCUUUCUUGUUUCUUGUUUCCCAGACGCUCACAGCCCCCUGCUGGACCAGAGGCCUCCGGAGAGGAGAGAGCAGAAGGCCCUCGGAACCUGAGGCCACAGUGAGAGCUUCACUGAGAACAGGCAAAAUGAACACGGAUUUGAUGCCACAGAAUCUGCCGGACAACCAGGCAGGGAAAGCAUGCAAGGCUGGUGUCGGUCUGCAAAGGGACGAAGAUGACAUUCUUCCAUAUGAAGAUGUGGAGUGGCAAGAUAGUGACCUGUCAGCUGAAGAAAGAAUAUUUUUGGAAGAGUUUCCCAUCUUGAAAGGGGAGCUGGAAGUGGGCAUCAGAAAGCUCCAUACCCUUGCAGACCACGUCGACACAACCCACAGAACACUUACCAAGACCAGCAUGGUGGCCAAUUCCAUCGCUGUGGUUUCAGAAGUCAUGAGCAUCCUGGGCUUGGUCCUCGCUCCGGCAGUAGCAGGAGGAAGCCUGAUACUCUCCGCUGCUGGUAGAGUUUUGGGGAAAGCAGGGGAGGUCACCAGCAUCUUGACCAACGUUUUGGAACGCUUUCACAGUCAAGAAGCCCAAGCUUAUGUCGGUAGCCUAGUGCCCACCCGUGGCCAAGAGGUCAGGAGAGCUGGGGCAGCCUAUGUCGUGGCUGCCGGAAAGGUGGUCCAGAAUUGUGAAAGCACCGUCAAGGAUAUCCAGAGGAGCAUCCGUGCCUUUCAGAUAGCCAGGGCCAACCCGCGCCUGGCCACUGCUGCCAAGAGUCUCCUGACCACUGGCCAAGUCUCAUCCCGAAGGAGCAGGCAGGUGCAAAGGGCUUUUGAAGGUACCACACUGGUGAUGAAAACAAAGGCUCGCUUGCUGGGUACUGCAAUGGCUGGCUUCUCCCUCAGCGUGGUCUUGGCCUCCCUCCUGAAGGACUGGAAACAGCUGAAGGAGGGAACAAAAUCAGAGCUUGCAGAAGAGCUAAGGGCGCAGGCUUGGGAGCUGGAAAAGAAGCUGACAGAAUUCACCCAGUGCUAUGAGAGCCUGCAGCAGAAGGUGAGGCUGUGGUUUCCCUCGUGGGUGGGGCUGGAGGAGGGGGAAGCUUUAACUGGGGCUUAUGGGCGCCAGGGUUUAUGA